ACACUUCUUUUGUUUGCCCUGCUCUACGAUGUUUAUUUAUUUAAUAUGAAUGAAAAAUGGUUAUUAUAUUUAUUAUGAACGUGAACCGUUGCGUUGUUUACUUUUAAAACUUUUAGGCAUUGUUGUUGAGCGAUUACACAUUUCUAAUAUUCUUAUUACGUUUUCGUAUAAUGGCUGGCGAUAUUGACCAUUUAGAGUCCUUCUCUAUUAGCCCCCAACUCGCCAAGUCGUACAGAUGUAAUAGUGGAGCAAAGGUUCUGGAAUGCAGAGUGUGCGAGGACGUGUUUGGCCUGCAAGGGGACAAGGUGCCCCGGCUGCUGUACUGUGGCCACACAGUGUGCCACGCCUGCCUGCUGCGACUGCCACUACGCGACAACGCUGUCCAGUGCCCAUUCGACCGGCAGCCCACACCCGUCGGAAACUCCGGGGUCUGGGGUCUGAAGAAGAACUUUGCCCUCCUCGAGUUGCUGGAGAGGCUGCAGUACACGACUGAGAAGUCAACUCUCUUCUUCACCUCAGAGCUGCUGGAGAGGGAGCGGCAGCUGGCGGUGCGCUGCGAUGAGGAUGAGCAGCACGUGGCGGUGGUGUACUGCACGGUGUGCGGCUCUCACCUGUGCGAGGAGUGCGCGGCACUCACACACGCCACACGCACGCUGGCACGGCACCGACGCGUUCCGUUGUCGGACAAGCCACGCGAGAAGCCCCGUUGUCCCUCACACCCGUCCCACGUGGCAGAGUUCACCUGCCUGGAGGACGACUGCCAGGCCAGCGCGCUCAUGUGCUUCAUCUGCAAGGACUACGGCCGCCACAAGAGCCACAAGCACGCCCUGAUUGAGACAGAGGCGGAGUGCGUGCGAUCGUCCAUCACCGGUGCCGUUCAGCACAUGAGAAAGUUCAUGGAGGAACUGAGCGAGACGAUUCACAAACUUGAGCAAGCGGUGCAGCGGCUGGAGGGGCCGGGUGACAGCACAGGCACGGAGGACGAGGAGAGCGAGGCUGGCACGGCAGACGUGGCACGCGCCCGUGUGCGCAGUCACUUCCGCCAGCUGCGCGAGGCGCUGCAGUUGCAGGAGGCGGCCGCAGCGGCUGCGGUGGAUACGCACGUGCGUGAGCGACUGUGCUCUCUGCGCCAGCUGCACGAGGAGCUGUCGACCUCGCUGUCACAGGUGGCCGGGGUGUGCGUGCAGUGCGAGCAGACGGCACGCCAGGACGACGUGAGGAUCCUGGCCGCGUCCCGGGAGCUCAAGGAGGCACUCAAGGCCGUCGAGAAGCAGCAGCAGCAGUUCUCGGAGCUCGGGCCGGAGCAGCUCCAGCCAGACCCUGGCGUCCCCAUCACCUUCACCAAGGACAACCGGGUGCACAUCGGGCCGAAGAUGGAGAUGCGGGUGGUGACGCUGGGGCUGGACGGGGCAGGCAAGACGAGCAUCCUCUUCAAGCUGAAGCAGAACGAGUUCAUGGCCGCCAUCCCCACCAUCGGCUUCAACGUGGAGAUGGUGGAGUACCGCAACCUCAAGUUCACCAUCUGGGACGUGGGCGGCCAGCCCAAGUUGCGGCCGCUGUGGAAGCACUACUACCUCAACACCCAGGCGGUGGUGUUUGUGAUCGACUCGAGUGAUCAGGAGCGAUUGCCAGAGGCUCACAGCGAGCUCGCAAAGCUCAUGUCUGAGAAGGAGCUGAAGGAUGCCACCUUCCUCAUUCUGGCAAACAAACAGGACGUGCCAGGGUGCGCGACCAUCGAGGAGCUGACCGCGCUGUUCGCCCUGCACAAGCUGUGUUGCGGCCGCAGCUGGCACGUGCAGGCGUGCGACGCGCAGAGCGGUGCAGGGCUGAGCGACGGUCUGGACUGGCUGUCCCGCCAGCUGGUUGCUGCGGGAGUGUACGACAUGACGUAGCUCCUCACCCCUCGACACUCACUGUGAACCUGCAUCCGUUGUAGUACAGUUCAGUCGGCAUUCGUGCGCUGUACAGCAAAAACUUUCUUUUGUCUUAAAUACAAUUGCUCAAUUGAUCAAUGACUAUUAUUUUGUAAUAUGUAACAAGAAAGAACAAAUUUUCGAGCAUUCUAAGCAUCUCAGUUUAAAAUUUUCUCACAUGAAAAUACCUUGGUUAUCCUUAAUAGAGGCGGACCUUGUUACAACACAGGGCAGCCAAGCUAAGAUGAUCAUUCUCAAAAAUAAUUUUAAAAAGACUUGAAAGUUUUCACUGAAAAUGUUUACAGAUGUUUUAAAUUUUGAUGUUUGUUUGAAUUUAGGUACUCUGUCUUUAUUAAAAGUAAAAGAUUGGUAAAACGUU